GUGGCAACAGGAGUCAUGUGCAGUGUUGUAAAACACAACUUGUGCCCUCAUUCUGCUAUGAUUUUUGCUCGGGGAAUUUCCAGAUGUUACGCAAAUCCCAUCGGCUUUGUCUGUAUUAUCUUCCGGAGAUAUUUGAAUGUUACAAUCGUGCAUAUCUGCCGUAUCCUGAGCAUCCACAGGAUCUCAUUGUAAAUGCAGUUGGAUCAGACGAAUUACGGGUGUGCUGGCGUCCACCGCAGCCUCAGACUUCUAAUAAGCAUCUUGAAAUUGAUCAUUAUACAGUCUACUAUAAGCAGAUACCGUCAUUUCCGUUUUUGGGCGGCGAUGAUGGUAUACCGCUUCUUUCGGGCGACUAUGAGGAAAGCAUACCGAGCGGAAUGGCUGAAGACGAUGCUAGUAGCGAUGCUACAACGUCUGAGGUCGGCACACUGAAACGUGGAAAGCGACAGACAUGGCUUUUUGUCACUCAUGACUCAUCCACCAACGACUCCACUGUUCGCGAAUUCAAGUUUGAUGAAGUAAAUACAACAGAUACUUGCGUUACGCUCAAAGAUCUGCGCUCAGCAACGCGUUACAUAGUAUAUGUAACCGCAUCGAACGAAUACGGCAUGUCUGUGCCAUCAUCACGAGCCUUAGCUGCAACAAAUGCUAUUAUUUCGCCGACCAAUUCAACGCUACCGCAGAUCGAGCGUAUUCCUUACUCCUUUGUUCCUUUUUUUGUAUUACCAAUGACUAAUACACUGAGAAGCAUUGCGGAUGGUCCCAAACGAAUGCCCGUACUGGCGAACAAAAAAAUCUACCCGUACUACAAGGAGCUAGGCGUUAAAAAACCGAAAACCAUCUUAUAGAC